UAGUAUUGGCUCGCCGACAAUAGCAAAUCCUGAAUACACAGUAGUAAGCACGCAAACCCAGCAUCCCAGCAAUGACGUUAGUUAGUUGUGAACAGCAAUAGAUGGUGACAGUGUCAGUGAAAAACCUUGUUAUCAUUUUGUGCAAGGGAUUGCGCUAUCUAUACUUGUCUUUAUCUAUGACACAUCUAUGAGUGAUGAUAACCAUAGAUCUGUAUCGCGUCUGUGAUUUCUGAAAACUAAUUUUAUACCUUGUAAUUACCUAUCUAAUUAGUAAGUGGCAUCAAGUGAAAGUGCGAGAAAUCCGAAGAAGUUUACCAGCAGCAUCAAGAUAGUUCGUGAAUUGAGGUUAAAGCUCAAGAUAGCUAAUGGAAAAAAUAAAUUCUUCAAUCCCUGGAACUGUACUAAGUACACAUAAUGGUAAUUUGCUCACUUCUUCCGGGAUAAUGUCCCUGGACCCGCUGUUAGGAGGCGGUCUUCCAGUCGGAACGGUGGUAUUAGUGGAGGAAGAUUUCCGAGGUCUCUACUCAAAAAUCCUAUUGAAGUAUUUUCUAGCCGAAGGUUUAGUCUCAAAACAUUCUACCUUAAUUGCUAGUCAAGAUGUAAAUCCUGCUAAAAUCCUGAAGGAGCUCCCUGCUGUAAUUGAAAGUGAUCCAGAGCCGGAUAUAAAACAGGAAGGACAGGCCAUCACUGAUAAAAUGAAAAUUGCAUUUCGAUAUCAAAAUCUGCCCACGUCAACAGCUGCUCCAAGAAGCAAACAUAUAGGCCACCAUUUCGAUUUAUCACGAAACAUAUCAUUUAGUAAUGUCGAUAAAUCUGAUAUCGAUUUUUGGACGGGUGAAAAAUUGUCAACAGGUUAUAGUAGCUUUAUCAAUCCCGCAUAUAGUGAUCUGCUAAAGACGAUUAGGAAUAAGAUAAAAAAAGGAAAAUUUUUCCUCAAGGACAAUCCUGAGAAAAAGUCAAUACUACGAAUAGGAAUUCAUUCUCUAGGAUCAGCAAUGUGGUUACCUUCCAGAAGUUCUAUAAGUUGCUUAAAUGAAAAUUGUCAAGAUUUAUAUAUGUUUUUAUUUUAUCUUCGAGCAUUGGUAAGAUCUGCUCAUGCAGUAGCAUUCGUUACGAUUCCAGCGUAUUUAUAUGAAGAGAAAAUUCUAGAAAGAUGUAUUCACUCCAGUGAUAUUGCAAUCAAACUCGAUUCAUUUACUGGUACAGAAUUGGAAAAGAAUCAAAGUUUAAAGGAUUAUCAUGGAUUUUUCUACUUGACAAAAUUGGCAGCGAUAAAUUCAUUGGCAUCCAAAAAUUCCGGAUCGAUAGAGUAUGUUUUUAAAUUGAGAAGGAAGAAGUUUAGCAUAUCUGUGCUACACUUGCCACCUGAUAUAGAAACUAAAGGAGACCAGAUGGACAGUAAUCCUAUGUUGGGAUGUUGUGGUGGAAGUAACAAAAGUUUGUUGGAAUUUUAGUUAUGAAAUAUUUCAGUAAUUCAAAUAUGUUCCUUAAUAAUUUGUAAAUAAAUCUUUUUAUUAAGAAUUUAUUAAUUGUGAAUCAAGAAAACUUAAUUUGAAUCUGGAAAUAUGUUCUUUUACUGUCAAUAAAACAUGCAAGUAUUUGUAUUAAACAGGGUCCCACAUUUCAAA